UCUUCCUCACAAAACAUUUAACGAGGCUGGAUACCUUGUUGCCGACGAUUGUGUCUUUGCAGCAGAGAUAUUGGUCAGCCAAGGCAGUGGGUCGGUCCGAGUGGGGAGGGAAAAAAAAAAAAACGAGUUAAACCUAUCCAAAGGCAACCUGUUGGUGAAUGUUUGUCCAUGGUAAAAUCUAAUGUCUCAUUUAAGCGUGAAUGGAAGAUCAAUAAUUUGUCAAAUCUAGGGGUAGAUUGGUAUUCUGAAGGAUUUACUGUGGGAGAUCACAAAUGGAAGCUCUGGUUAUUUCCUAAAGGCAACCAGCAAAAUAGGGGACAUAACAUCUCUAUAUUCUUAGUUUCUGUUCAUUCCAAGGACUUUGAUCACUAUCAAAAACUGAAGGCAAACUACAGCAUUUGCAUCAAUGAUCAGAUAAAGGGUGGAGGUCAUAAGCGAUCUUGUUGUACUUGGUUUUCAACUACAAGGACGAUGAAUAAUGGUUAUCCUGGUUUUAUGCCUCUAACACAGUUAAAUGAUGAGGAAUGAGGUUAUAUUGUCAAAGAUUGUAUCGCGGUGGAGACUGAGUUGGAAAUCGUGUUUAAGCAUAGGGUAAAGAGCUUAGUUAUCUUAGACUAAGGUUUAUUGUUUAGUAAUAGCCGCGGGUGUCUCCCUAUACAGUAGAUGCAGGUUCAAGUUCUCCUUGGCCUUCUAUUUAAUCGGGAAAAAAAGGCUAUCUUCAAGUUGGCUAGUUAUAGAAGUUGGUGGACAUCUAUGUUUGAUUCACAAACUCCUUUUCAACUUCUAUUUUAAAUACUUUUUCUUUCCCCUUCAAUUCAGAUAUUUUCGGAAUGCCUAGUUUGUGUUUAUUUAAGGAAAAAUGCAUAAUAAUAGCCUGAGACUUGUGUUAUGCUUUGUGGGAAUCCUUUUACCCCCUUGUAAUAUCUCAA